AGCGAGGUGGAGCUGCUGCAGAUAAGGAGGGCUGGGAGGCCGCCAUUAUCGCAGCACGCAGCGUCAAGCUGUGGAAGCGAGCGAGGCGGAUUUUUUUUUCUUCUUUCCGGUGAGGUGCGAGGUGAAUCCCCCAAUCCGCCGGUGGCAGCCAACCAGAGCCCAGGGGGUAGGGUUCCGGGGAUCGCGGGCGCGGGCGCGGGCGCGACUGCUGUGGACUGGCCGCCGUCGGCGGCGCGGCAGAGCCGGAUGCUAUGCUGCUGAGCUGCGGGUCGCUCUCCUCCUGGGUGCGCCGCUUCGUCGCCUGCGUCGGAGGUUGUUUUGGUUGUGCCCAACCUACUCCAAUAAUAGCUGUUGAUGAGCCUUCAAAAGGAUUAAGAAUUCAAGGGCGCUCUGUAAAAAGGCGCAAUUUGUCUUACGACUUUUGGAGUUCAAGUCCGCACGAAAUGGAGAAUAGUGCCCUGCAAUCCCGACAUAGUAUGUCUUCAAUCAGCACAACAGCACAACCUAAUGAUCAGCAUGCUGCUGGAAGUAGCAGCAACCCAAAUGAAUUUGUAAAUCAAGGUCUUCUACUAUGGCACCAGACUCGACAACAGUGGAUUGGAAAACGAAGGCGUAUUUCCCAGGGUCAAAGUCAAGAACCAAAAAUAAGUCGUAAUGCCACAUAUGAGAGCCUGCUUGGAAGCACGAAAUCGUUUGCACAACCGAUCCCUCUCAGUGAAAUGGUCGAUUUCCUCGUGAUGAGCUGGGAGCAGGAAGGCCUAUACGAUUAGAGUCCGUUAAUGCUGGAAGUGUGUUGUUUGAGUCCACGUUAUGAAAUCGCUGAAAUGUACGCAACUUUAAUAGGCUGCCGAAGCUUGUGUGGUGAUGAAUGUGGAUUGUCUUGGAGACAUGAUGGCAUCCCUCUCUUAAGCAAGUGUAAAAUAUUCUUUCGUUUCUGCUUCUAGUAAUUGCGUUCACAGAUCAUAGCGUUCA